CUGCUCAAAACAGGAAGUUCUUCAAACGCCAUUUCCCCCGCUAAGAAGAAAGGAACAUGUGUUGAAAUAAGAGAAAUCUUUGAAAUUCUCUGUUUAAAUACACUCUCAUUUCACAAAUACUUAUACCUCAAAAAUUGUCAUCAUGAUGCCCAGAAUGAGAAUGCCGGUUCGUCAUAUGGGACCCCGUGGCAUGCGUCCGAGAGGUCCACGUCCUGUCCCCCCACCAGGAAUCAGACAAAUGAGAGCUCCAGGAGCACCACCAAUGCGUCCACGUUUAGCCCCACCACCUCAGCCAGUACCAGCUCCAUCUAUGACAGGAAAUGCUACAAAUGAUCCAUCGACAGCUAACAAAAGGGUAUUUGUUGGAAACCUUAACACAAUAGCAAUCAGCAAAGAAGAAGUGGAGAGAAUAUUUAGCAUGUAUGGCAUUAUAACUGGCAUAUCAAUGCAUAAAGGUUAUGCUUUUGUGCAGUUUGCUUAUGAACAUGAAGCUCGAGUAGCGUGUGGAAGUGAAGAUAAUAAGACAUAUGCAGGACAAAAGUUAGAUUGCAAUAUUGCUUCAGAACCAAAAAAUAAAGGUGCAGUAAAUCUAGGUGUUAAAAGACCUGCAGUAGCCUUACAGACAGUGAAAAUGGGAGGCCCUGGACUAUCUGUAGGACCUCCAGCUAUGAAGAAAAUAAGACAAGAUUCCAUACCCACAAUAAAACGUACCUUAGUAGACCUCACAGGAAAUGCAGCUAGUAUAGAGACAAAAAAGACUAUCACACCAAUCACAGCUAACUCAGCAUUAAGGAAAGUUGUCACUAAAGAUGUACUGAUUUGUGGAAAUUGCAAGACAAGUUUCAUGAGUUUACACAGUUUGGCACAGCACAAGAAAGUUCCCUGUAAAUUACGGUUUGCCUGUAAAUGCCAGAACGCUCCUGUUCCAGAACCUGAAUCAACAGAUCCAACGACACUUCAAUGUGGUACAUGUAAUGCAGAAUUUUCAAGUGCAUGGGCUCUAGUACAGCAUUGUCACGAAGAGCAUAAAAUGUCAAUAUUUAAGACGGAGGGACAAGGUCAGGGAGAUGUUGCAACAGUAGAAGAGGUGGUUGAGGUAAUUGAGCUUGAAUGAUACACAAUGGUAUAUUGGGAAGUUGUCGUAGUCCAGAGUGAAGGGGAUGUCAAUGGCCAAUAGAUGGUGAAUGUGUACAUAUUUUUUGCACAUCAGUAAUUUUACUAGCUAUCAACCCUAUGGGACAAUUAUUGACCUUGGUUUGGGUGUUGAAUUUGAUGAUCAUUAUUUUGAAAUAAAACAUUUUUGUAAAAGACCCAAAUAUUCAUCUGUAAAAUAAACUGCACACAGGAUAUUUUUGAGAAUCAAUAAAGACAUGGAGAAAAUCUUAUCAGAGAUAACAGACAAUGAAUUAGAUAAAUUGAAUUUUUGUCAUUUAUUAUUUGAUAAUUGUUGUACUACAAUCAUGAUAUCUUUGUUUGCCAUCACCAAUAUAAUAUUGUUCUGUCAUGAUAAAUAAAUAGUAUGAAACAUAUAUGAAACUUUAAAAAAAGGUAUGCAAAUCAAAUCUUCUCUAGCCAAUCCCAUUAUAGUCAUGUAAAUAAAUGACUUGAGAUAUUUGAAAAUUUGGCAGCUGGUUAUUUAGAUUUUAAUAUUUAGUUAUACAUGCAGGUAUACACUAAAAUCAAAAUAAAUUUUCAUAGAUCAAUUAUUAUCUACAUCAUUAUUAAUUAUUCAUAAAAUAAGUAGCAUAUGCCAGACAUCAACAAUGUUAAUUUUAGCCACAUGCCAUGAACUGUAAAAUAUUGACAAUGUAGAUAAUGUGAUUAUUCUAAAAUUGACUGCAUAUAGUUAAUAUGUAUGUUGAUAUUCUUGUCAGUUGUAAAAUGAAUUUUGUAGUAUUUGAUGUCCAAUAAAUAUUUUAGUCUA